UCCAGAUUCUUCUCUUUGACUCCAUUCGCCAGUCUUCUCCGUUCUUCCGCUUGCGGCCCCUCUCCCUCCUCCCGCCGCGGCCGCGGUGUGCGCGCCUCUCCGGCCAGCCGCCUCUGCCUUCCUAGUUCCUACCCCGCCGGCGGCACUCUAUUCCGUGAACUAGCGUCCCCUGCCUGCCCUCAAUACCCACCCGCUUCCGCUCCCCCAUCUCUGCUGGCUUGGAGGUCCAUGGAUACCAGCGCCGCGGCCGCCGGCGAGGUGGGCUGGUACGUGCUCGGACCGAACCAGGAGAGCGUGGGCCCCUACGCGCUCGCGGAGCUGAGAGAACAUUUCGCAAACGGGUACCUCAACGAGGGCACAAUGCUCUGGGCACAAGGGAGGACGGAAUGGAUUCCACUCUCAUCGAUCCCAGAGUUACACUCUGGAGUCGCAACAAAGGAUCAACCUCAACAAGCUGCCCCAGAUGUUGAAGAUGAUUUUGAGAAGUUUCAGAAGGAGGUUAUAGAAGCCGAGACAGAGGUGGAGGCCUUGAAAGGCAGUGCUGAAGAUGGUGAUGUAACCCAAGAGCUUGAUGAACGGCCAGCAACCCCACCAGAUGGCGAGGAAGAAUUUACGGAUGAUGAUGGCACCAUUUACAAAUGGGACCGUACUCUGAGGGCAUGGGUUCCUCAAAAUGAUGUAUCUGGUAAAAAGGAAGGUUAUGCUGUUGAAGAGAUGACUUUUGCACUUGAGGAAGAAAUAUUUCAGGCACCAGAUAUCCCUGGUCCGCCCGCAUUAGAAGAAAUCAACACUCCGGCCAAAAACAAAAACAAAGAAUCAGAUAAAGCAGAAAAGAGAGGAGAAAAGAAGCGGAAAUCUUCUGAGAAGCCAGCUGAAAAAAAGGAAGCUAACAAACCUCCAGACAGUUGGUUUGAACUCAAAGUCAACACACAUGUCUAUGUAACUGGUUUGCCUGAUGAUGUCACCGUGGAGGAGAUUGUGGAGGUAUUUUCCAAGUGUGGAAUAAUAAAGGAGGACCCAGAGACUAAAAAACCUCGGGUGAAGAUCUAUACUGACAAGGAAACUGGCAGGAAAAAGGGUGAUGCCUUGGUGACAUUUCUCAAGGAGCCUUCUGUAGCUUUAGCAGUUCAAUUGUUGGAUGGGUCGUCAUUCCGUCCUGGUGGUAAGACUCUGAUGUCCGUAAGUCCGGCCAAAUUUGAGCAGAAAGGUGAUGCUUUCAUUGCAAAGAAAGCAGAUAAGCAAAAGAAACGGAAGACCAAGAAGGUUGAAGACAAAAUGCUUGGAUGGGGUGGGCAUGAUGAUAAGAAGGUGAUGAUUCCUACUACAGUAAUUUUACGGCACAUGUUCACUCCUGCUGAGUUGAGAGCUGAUGAAGAACUUCUUCCUGAGCUUGAGGCAGAUGUUAGAGAGGAAUGCAUCAAGUUUGGCCCAGUGGAUAAUGUGAAGAUUUGUGAAAAUCAUCCACAGGGUGUCAUAUUGGUGAAAUUCAAAGACCGGAAAGAUGGUGCCAAAUGCAUAGAGAAGAUGAAUGGAAGAUGGUUUGGUGGGCGGCAAAUCCAUGCGAGCGAAGAUGAUGGUUCAGUCAACCAUACUCUGAUCCGUGAUUAUGAUGCAGAGGUGUCAAGGCUGGAUCGAUUUGGAGAAGAGUUAGAAGAGUCCACAUGAGAGUUGAUCAAUCGAUUAUUAGGAUUGCCAUCAAGUAUGAUAGCAUGAGGGUAGAAAGAAAGUUUUGUUUCUUACCCCUUUCAUAGGUUGGGCCUUUUGUUUGCCUGAUCAAUCUCCGCAAAAAAAAAAAAGUUUGUGGGUACUGGCCAUGGGCUGUACGCGUUCUGUAAUUGUAAACCAUAAAGAUGAACUAUUUUCGUUGCUUAACGUGUAACACUUGCUAGUAAGCAACUUGCGAUGCU